GGAGGCUCGAGGAGGAGGAGGAGGAGGGCGGAGGGAGGGCGAUUGCCAGCGACGGGUUUAGAGCAGAGCAGUCGAUUGACGGGGCGAAAUCGGCACGAGCAGGCAGGGCAUGCGGACGGCGAUGGUGGGAAUGGGGCACGCGGGCUUGCGGAUCGGAGGCUGUGCGAGAGCCGUCUGUGCAGGUAAUUGAAGCGAUCCAAGAUUAGUUGCGGAGGAAGGCGAGCAGGCUUGCGGGGACGAGACGGAUCGAGAGCACUAGGAGGGGCAGGAUUCGAUUGGGCGAGCGGACGACGGCGGACACGGAGCAGAGACAAUGAGUCGGUCAAGUGAGAAAACCCCGUUGCAUCCGACCUCCCAGAGCGACAUUGAUGAGAUCGAGAGUCUGUUCAACAUCAGUGUACAGCCUGCGACCAUCGAAGUUCCCACCUCGACUGCUCCUGGAAAGCCUGCCACCACUGUGCAUCAUCCACAGGUCUCCAUUCCGGUGUCGUCUGAUCCCCGCCCUUCUGGAUCUGGUAAUGCGUCGUCUUCAUCAGCUGCGGGCGGUGGAGCAGCCGGAGGUCCGGGGGCUUUUGGAGGGGGCCCCGAAUAUAGUACUCUCACGGAGCCCGUCUGGCAUACUUUGAAGAGAGAUGUAGUUCGCGUAGCCACCAAUUUGAGGCACGUUGUGUUUCCCAAUCCUUAUCGUGAAGAUCCCGGCAAGGCUCUCAGAGAUUGGGAUCUUUGGGGUCCCUUCUUUUUCAUCAUCUUCUUGGCUCUCACUCUUUCUUCCUCGGCUACCGAGAACAAGUCCAAGGUUUUUGCAGUUGUAUUCGCAGUACUAUCAGCGGGUGCUAUUGUGUUAACACUCAAUGUUCAGCUUCUGGGGGGCUCAAUCAUUUUUUUCCAAAGUUUGAGCUUGUUGGGCUAUUGCCUGUUUCCACUGGACAUUGGUGCCCUGGUGUGCCUGCUCAGAGACUCAAAAUUGUUCAGGAGCAUUGUUGUAUUGGUGACUCUAGUUUGGAGCUCAUGGUCAGCCUAUCCCUUCGUGAGCACAGCAGUACCUCAAAGCCGAAAGGCUUUAGCUGUGUAUCCAGUUCUACUUCUCUACAUUUCUGUGGGGUUUCUGGUUCUAGCCAAUGAUUAGAUUGUAGUCUGCCUUGGAUAGAGUAAAACAAAUGUAAGAGGAGAAUGAGCUCUUUGCCUGAUCGUGUACAGUUUCUGUGUUUUGAUGUGCAUCAAGGCUUAACGCAGGAGAUUGUAUGGCAGAUGACAGCACUUCGAAGUUUAUUUUUUGAUCAAACCACCUUCUAGUUGGUUCAGAUCACUCCACAUUUGGGGCCUGUCUACGUUAUUACAGUUGAUUUGAAAAGAGACAGGUGCAAUAAGAUGAUGUUUCUCUCAUUUUCCCUUUGGAAGGGUGUAACUUCUAUCGCCCAAUAUCCUCAACUCAUGUAUUCUAUUACGUCAAUGUCACAUUCACUCGC